GCUAGAUCAACGACGAUUUUCCAAGUAAUUCUCGACCACGGUUGGGACAUUAACCAGAUCUUUCAUCGAUUGAAACCUCCAGUACUCGGGCAAGUAACGCAUCACAGGCACGGUCAACUAACUCGGUGGUUAUUGGACCAUGGUGCAGAUCCAAAUGCAAGGUGCGAUUGGGACAUUACGCCACUCUCCGCUGCUGUUCGAAACGCAUCCAUCACUACUGCAUUCUACAUGAUGCACUGUGGAGGGGACAUUCGACGAGGGCAGAUACUUCAUUUUGCUAUCGAGAGGGACAGCCCUGACCAGCUCGCGGUGAUUGAUUUCACUAUUGCCGCCGGUGCCUCGAUCAACGCCCGCUUGUUUGAAGAUGACCCGGGCUCCUGGGUGGAGAACCGCGCAUUUGGUAUGGGUACGCCAUUGCAUAGAGCAGUGGAACUCGAAAAGGUAGCAGUGGUCGCCUAUCUUCUUGAACAUGGCGCGAAUCCAAAUGCAUUAGACAGUGUAGGGAGAACGGCACUGGAUCUGGCGACC